AUGGUACCAGACGCCAUACCGACUUUCAUUGCGUAUGGCCUCGGCCUCUACCUUGCCUACUUUGCUAUUAACGCUAUAUACCGGGUAACCCUCCACCCCCUCGCCCAUAUCCCCGGCCCACGCCUGGCGAGCACCACCUAUCUAUACGAAUGGUACCACGAUAUCUACCAUAUCGGGCGGCUGCCCUGGAAACUGAGGGAGUUGCAUGAGAAAUACGGCCCCAUCAUCCGAAUCACCCCCGACGAAGUCCACAUCAAAGACCCCGACUUCGCCGCAACCCUCUACAGCCGCAGCAACGGACGCACCGACAAACCCGACCGCGCCGCAGAGAUGUUCGGCCCAUUUCCCGCGGCAAUAAGCACAGCGCCCCACGACCACCACCGCCUCCGCCGGAGCGCGCUCAACCCGUUCUUCUCGCGCAAGUCCGUCGCCGAGCUCGUCCCCGCCAUGGCGCACGCCAUUGAUAUCCUCUGCCAGAGUCUGCAGGAUGCGUGCAAGACGGGCGAGCUCGUGAACCUCAAGUACAUCUAUGCCUCUGUCACGUCGGAUAUCAUUGAUGGGUAUUGCUUUGCGAGGCAGCCGACGAAAGUCCUACAGAGGGAUUUCGGGCAGAAGUUUUUUGAUGAUAUUGAUAGUUUCUUGGAAGUUAGUCUCUUGAACUUUCAUAUUCCGACGAUUAUGAGGAUUAGUUUUGCGCUUCCGGACUCGAUCAACAAGCUCCUCGCCCCGGCCAUGGCGGCCAUGCUCGACUUUCGAGAGGACCUUAGCCGCCAAGUUGAUGCAAUCCGCCACGGACGGGACAAAGCCUACGAGGGUAUCGGUCACCGCACGGUCCUCCAUGAGCUCCUCGGUAGCUCGCUUCCCCCGGCUGAGUUGAAGACGCCCAGACUACGUGAUGAGGCAUUCUCUCUCAUGGUUGCGGGGUCUGGAACUACGGCAUACACCCUUCGCUCAACAACCUACCACAUCGCCUCAAACCCGUCAAUCCGCGCACGCCUCCACGCAGAACUCGCCUCCGCAAUCCCGGACCCAUCCCAGCCCCCAUCCCUAGCCACCCUCGAAAAACUCCCCUACCUAACCGCCGUGAUAAACGAAGGCCUCCGCCUCUCCGAACCAGUCACGCACCGCCUCCCGCGCAUCCUCCACGACAAGCCCCUAGCCUACGGAUCCUACACGCUCCCCCCGGGCACAACAAUCAGUAUGACGGGCUCGCUCACGCACCAAGACGGCUCGAUCUUCCCGGACCCGCACACAUUCGACCCGGGGCGGUGGCUGGUGGGCUCCGAGGAGGAGCGGAAACGGCUCGAGUGGUACCUAGUGCCGUUUAGUCGGGGGCCGCGGAUCUGUCUGGGGAUGAAUCUGGCCAUGGCGGAGCUGUAUCUGAUUCUGGCGAUGGUGUUUCGGCGGUUUGGGUUUGAUACGCGGCGCGUGCGGAGGGAGCGGGAUGUCGAUGUGAGUUUUAGUUUUGUGAUUGCGGCGCAGGCGAGGGAGUCGCCCGGGUUGGAGGUUACCGUUCACAGUGUUGAGUAG